GUGUAUCAAUACAUGCAUGAAACCAUAACUGUUAAUGGCUGCCCCGAAUUCCGAGCCAGGGCCACUGCAAAGGCAACAGUUGCUGCUUUUGCUGCAAGCGAAGGCCAUUCACACCCGCGAGUGGUGGAGCUGCCAAAGACUGAUGAAGGCCUGGGCUUUAAUGUCAUGGGAGGAAAGGAACAAAAUUCACCUAUUUAUAUUUCUCGCAUCAUUCCUGGAGGAGUGGCAGAAAGGCAUGGAGGGCUCAAACGGGGGGACCAGCUGCUUUCGGUUAAUGGAGUG